AUGCCAGACGUCGUCAUUGCCACGAGCGAGCCAGCCAUUUCUGUGCUGCUUUCUAUGGGAUGCAAGCCCCCCAAUGCCGAACACACUGGCGACGAAUCAAAAGCACUGAGCAUGUCUCUAGCCACGGCAUUGCCACUGGCGAGAAUCAAAGCCCUCACCUUUGACGUCUUCGGCACCACGGUUGACUGGCGGACUUCGGUUGUUGAUGAACUAACCCUCCGCGCGCAUCGCAAACAGCUCGGCACCUUGCCGAGCCCCCUGAAAUCGCGGCUCCAAAACCUCGGCCGAGACGACUGGUGCCUCUUUGCGCAAGCCUGGCGUAACUCCUACACGCGCUUCGUCAGGGCGUUCAACCCCGAGUCUGACGCCUGGAAACCCAUUGACGAGCAUCAUCACGACAGUCUUAUCCAACUGCUUGAAGAAUGGGGUCUCGAAGGACUAUAUACCGAAGACGAGGUGGAGUCGCUCAGCCUGGUCUGGCAUCGAUUGUAUCCAUGGCCGGACACGGUCGAUGGACUGGCCCGAUUGAACAGCAGCGGGAAGCUUGUGCUGGCGACCUUGUCCAACGGGAACGAGGGGUUGGUCAGGGAUCUGGUGGACUUUGCCGGCUUGCAAGUGGACGAAUUGUUCUGCGCAGAGACCUUUUUGUCGUACAAGCCUCAUCCGGAAACAUAUCUCGGGGCCGCGAGAAGGCUGAACCUAGAGCCGGGCCAAGUGGCCAUGGUUGCUUGCCACCUGGAUGACUUGCAAGGCGCUAGGAAGUGCGGUUUGAGAACGAUUUAUGUGGAGAGACCCGGGGAGGAGGCGUGGGGAAAGGAGAGUGCCGAUUUUGACGAGGCAAAGCAAUGGGUGGACCUCUGGGUUGGUGAAACAGGUGGAGGUUUCGUUACAAUGGCAUCCCGGCUGCUGGAUGCUUUACAGUGA